AUGUUGGGUAUUGUCAUGUACCCAAUCUGUCUGGUUAAGAGUCUCGGAUCAUUGGGGUACCUCAUUACGGUUAGUAUUCUCGGAAUAUUCUGGUUGGCUAUCGUAGCUCUAUAUCUCCUUGGCUCGAAUAGUAUCUCCGAGAACUUCGAUCGUGGUCAUGGCAUGACCGUCAUGCAUAUGCCCCU